UAGCCUGGCUACUUUUUUUCAUCUUUAUCGUACACUGGCAAAGCCCUUCUGAGCUCAUCUGAACGCGUUCUCCCAACCGACCUAUUACUGUCCAGGGCACUUGAUUAUAGCUUUACCGGUACCGAUUACAACACUCGACGUUACUUAGCCUGAAUGGCGGACUGCAAAUUCUGUUGCUCCGUUUGUCGAUUGAGUAACGACAUCUCUUCAGGACCUUCCACUGGUUCUCCUACCGAUUUUGCGAACCUUAUCCCAGCCGGAACGGUCGAGUUACCUCUAUCAUCUCCAUUACAACAUCAGCUUUGUGAACAUAGACAUCUGGAAGAUGGCCGGCACCAUUUUGACCAUAAAAACCCUCUCGCCUUUCGUUUCCGAUACCCAAAUCUUGGAUGCUCUUUCCUUCCUGAUCGACAACCUUUUUAUAUCCAUUUCUUGCAACCUCUUCGACAACUCUAUCCUGAUACUGAGGAUCUACUUUAUUCCAUACGAUCUUCCUGGAAUGAAAGGGACCCUUUCUAGGAACUUAAGGAAGAGAGAGGUGUUGAGUGAGGCAAAAUGCUAUACAUGGAGGAUUAUACCUCGAAUACGCCAACAUCCCGAAACCUGGCUGGGGGGACGCUCGGCAGAUGCAAGGUUUUUGCUUGACUCGACUGUGGAUCGAAGAAGCCUGUCCGAAAUAUACAGCGGUCUACCUUCUCCCACAUCUCGACCUGGAAACACCCAUGAAAACGAAGUCGUAUGGAGACUUUUGGACUUUGACGACGAUCUCGCGGGGUUGGGAUUCACCUCCACUUUACACCGUUAUCAACGCAGGUCGGUAGCCACCAUGAUCGAACACGAGUCGGAGAGUAGGAGGGCACCCGAUCCGUUGUACCUUUCUCUAGUGGACAUCAAAGGGAAGGUGUUUUACUACCAGCCUGGAACGACCGAAGUUCUGUGGUCGGUUUCAUAUGUGAGUUCACGCGGCGGGGUUCUUUGUGAGGAGCUAGGAACGGGAAAGACGAUUAUGAUACUAGCGUUGGUCAUGUCGAACAUCAACGAGCUCUCAACUCCAGAAAGCAUUGCAGGUGAACAACCUCCCGUCCUUACACCACUCUCGUUGCGACAUCACUAUUAUCCCGAUCAGAAGUUAUCUCUUGGUGGUGCGGCUUUCAGAUCAACACGCAGAGCAAACUCGUCGUCCACUUCUUCGGCUUUCCCCACUUUCCGCGAGAUUCUCCUCGAGAAACUAUGCAGGAAUCCACUGGUUGGUGUACCCAAUACCGCCACGCUAUGUGGACGAAAACGAGACGCGAAACGUAGGAAGAUCAGCGAGACCUUCGACAACCUCCCUUCACCCUAUUUCAAAUGGGCAUCUUCCAAUGCACCGUUCUACAUCUCUGAUGUGGGCAGCUCGAAAGAUAACCGUUUUAGUGUACGAAACGCAGGAAAGCGAAACGUUGUACGGGCGAUGUUACUUACAUCUGCAACUUUGAUAGUUGUCCCCGCGAAUCUUAUCAGUCAGUGGGAUAGAGAGAUCCAUAAACAUUGCGAGGAAGUACCUCGGGUGUUGAUUGUCCGCGAGCACAAGCAGCUUCCGUCUGCGAAAGAGCUUGCUACUGAUUUCGACAUCAUAUUGAUGACCUACAGAGCAUUCGCUGAUGAAGAGAAGUAUUCCAAUCUCAAGGCUCAAUCAUACAAGCUUUGCAAAUGUCCAGAAUUUCCGGGCACGCGCAUUCCCGACUGCCAAUGCCACCAUACCAAAUCGAAGCUAUCGCCUUUGCUCCAAAUCCGGUGGAAACGCCUUGUUAUUGACGAAGGCCACGUUUCUGCGUCUCUCACCACGAGGGUAACACCAUUUUCGAAGCUGAUGUCUGUUCAGUCUCGCUGGAUCGUGACCGGCACUCCGACAACGAAUUUAUUGGGAUUGAGUUUCGGUAGUCAUUCAGUGGAGAAUUUUCACUCUAUGACUGCUGCAGUUUCUGAGGACGAGCAUCCCUUGGCUAUCGAGGUUGCGGAGGAUCACCCUAUGUCCAGUUCAGCAGAAACUGCAGCAUUGACAACAACGGAUGCUCAGGAUCAGGAGUCGCGAACCUGGACCGCAGACGACAGCAGCGAUAUCCACAAGUUACUUAACAUGCUUACGCAUUUCGUCGGUCUCAAGUUUCUUGGAGACAGUCAACUUGUCAAGACCCAUAUCAGAGAUGGACUUUUUGGUGGUCGUGGGCCAUAUCCGGGUGCGGUUAGGAUGUUGACGCAGCUGAUGGCGUUUACAAUGAUUCGGCAUCGGACAGAAGAUGUGGAACGAGAAGUGGUGUUACCCAAGCUCGCACAUGAAUAUGUAUUCCUUGACCUGGAUCCCUAUGUGGUCAAGAGUUACAAUGCGCUGCAGGCCGCGAUCGUUAUCAACGCGGUGGAUUCCGAGAGGAAGGAUGAGGAUUAUAUGUUUCACAGAAGCAAUAACGAGUUUUUACAACUCACCGUCAAAAAUAUGUCUCAGCUUCUGUUCUGGUCCGUCGACCAAAACAUGUACAAUGUUGAAGAACUGAAUCGUGCUGCGGAUGCGUAUCUGAAACGGUUUGCCGAAAGAAACACUGGGGAGGAAGACAUGAGCUUGGCAAAGGAAUCCUUUUCGCAUGUCCGUAUUGCCAUACAAGACCGAUGUUGGCAACGGAUGCAAAUGCACGAGGACAUUCCCUAUCACGUGCGCAACAUGCGAGAUUCCAUCUUCAAGAGCUGGUCUCGGUUCAACGAUAUAGGAUUGUCGGAUAAGUCUCGGUUGGUUCACCCAGACCGUCUAAUCCAACUACGCGAUUGGGCGAUUAAGCAUCCAUUCACAGCGGAACAGAUCUUGGUUGACCUUGGAGUUCAAAACGAACUCGUCGACAGCAGACGUCGAGAACUGUACAGCUUGAUCGAAAGGCGAGCUUCGAAACAUGGUCAUGGCAGAAAUAAGGUCAAACAUCAACCCGAAACUGGCGUUCGCCUCGCUCAAAACGAGAACAGUCAAAAAGCGGUUGACUCGGCAAAAAUCAUGGCUGGUGGGGAGGCACUCGAGGAGAUGCAGAAGGAGUUGCAAGCUUCACUGGUCCGUUUGGCGAUGAUUGAGGAGGAUGAUGAUAUUUCUUCGGACGCACUUGCUCGUGCAAAUACCCAGGAAAAUUCGUUGCCAUCGAGAGCAAAUCCUGCAGUUGCUGGUAUACAUGUCGGUAAUUCUUGUUCCAGUAAACUGAAUUACAUCAUUAAGGAAGUUUUAUGCUACUCGAAGGACGAAAAAUUCUUGAUCUUUUCGGACUCAGAAUUGACGCUUGCUCACGUUGCUGAGGGACUGCAACUUGCUAAAGUCAAAUUCCUAAGGUUUACCACCCAGAUACAUCAAAAGUUCAGGGAGCAGUUGGUCCUCACUUUUGAGACCUCGGAUCUUUAUCGCGUCUUUUUGAUGGAGCUCAAGCAUGGAGCUCGAGGAUUGAACCUUGUUACUGCUUCCAGAGUGAUAUUUUGUGAACCAGUCUGGAGGGCGGAUGUAGAGUCUCAAGCUAUCAAACGAGCUCAUCGUAUUGGACAGACUCAGCCUGUGCACGUGAAAACUUUAGCUAUACGAAGUACAGCGGAGGAGAAAAUGGUAGAAUGGAAGAAUGCUCAUAAGAAACAGGAUUACAAGGCUGCGAAGGUACCCCUCGAACAGGUUGAAAUCCGGAAUUUCAUCGCGAAUCCUCAAUUUCUCUAUUCGGCUGUCAGCCCAAUCAACCUUGAUCUCCCUCUGCUGUCUCUAGCACGGCGUUCUGUUUCACCACCGCUACCACCACCAUCAGCGCCGGUUCCCCAGAAACCCAGGAUUACGAUUCUUACUCCUGCGUCUCCCUGUCCGUUAGGGAAACGGAAUGUUGAGUUGCCAGCUGUUCUAGACUCCACUUCUGCUCCCAAGAAGAGAAGGGUCGCAUUUGCGUAAUUUCUUGCUUUUAUUGUUUUGCCGUUGGUCUUAGAUCAGUUGUAUCGUUAUUUAUCUAUACUGUUGCGUCUUUCUGCCUUGAAACUUGUAUUUUUGCCCCAGCUAAGCGUAGUAUAUUUGUAGACGAUCUUUGGCGUUGUACGAUAUCUUGAAUGUUGAUUAGGCACUGUAAGCCGCUUGGAUUCGGCUUGUGUCAUUGCGGGAG